CGGAAUAGCUCUUGCUAUACAACGGGUCUGUAAUAGCAGCGAUCUUGUUCUUUCUCUUGCGUUGUAGGAGGAGGAUGGCUACGAACAAUUAUUUUGGUUUUACGCACGGCGGGACGCAGUAUGGAGCGACAGGUGCUGCAGCUUACCAGACUGGACAGACGGGAUAUGCUGUGACUCCAACUGCAGCAACAGCAGCGACAUACACAGCACAGAGAGCUGGCACAGGGUAUGAGACAGCGUAUCAAACAGCUGCCACUCACACAACAGCUGGGACCUAUGCAGCUGUUGGGGCUGGUACUCCAGCAACUGCCACUACAUAUGAUUAUGGAUAUGGACGCACAGCACAGACAGCAUAUGACAGCACUAAGACAUACUAUCAGCAACCUGCUGCAGCUGCCGCAGCAGCAGCUGCCACCUAUUCUACUACAGAUACACACUAUCAGGCAUCGAAGCCAGCUUUCAGCACGAGCACCUACACAGCAACAACAAGACAGGUGACUCAAACAACACCUAAGGCAGCAUCCUACAGUACUGCUUAUACCACACAAGGCACCCAGGGUGCUAGUUACACUUCAGGUUACACAGCAGCUGCUGCACAGACAACAAACACCACAAAGGCAACUGGCAACACAACAUACUCUGGUUAUGAUGCUGCCCUGUACAGUGCUGCUACUAUGUAUGUAGCUCAGCAAGCACAAACAGGUUCGGCAGCUGCAGGCACUGCAACAGGUGCCACAGCAGCAGUAGCCACAAAUACAGGUGUUGCAAAACCUGCAGGCACCUGGCAGGGUUAUAAGAAGCCAGUGCCUGGAGGUGUCAAGACAAUGAAGCUCAAGCAGCCACCAAAGCCCCAGCAGCUGCAUUAUUGUGAUGUCUGUAAGAUCAGCUGUGCUGGUCCACAGACAUACCGUGAACAUUUAGAUGGGCAGAAACACAAGAAGAAAGAAUCUGCGCUUACAGCUGGUUCAGCCCCUGUAGCUCGAGGUGGCAAUGCACUCCGUUGUGAGCUUUGUGAUGUCACAUGCACUGGUUUUGAUGCAUAUGCUGCCCAUAUACGAGGUGCCAAACAUCAAAAGGUUGUAAAAUUGCACACGAAACUUGGCAAACCCAUUCCAUCAACUGAUCCUGUAGUAGUAGGUGGUACAACAACAAAAACAACAGCAAGUUCUGCCAUCACAACAUCUACUACGUCAACAAAAGCUACUCCUGGUACUACUACUACUGCAAAAGUAACUGUGGCAAAUGCAGCUGCCAAGAAACCAACCACAGCUGCACCUAAGAUCAAUUUUGCUUCUGGGACAUCGGCUAACACAGAAAUAAAAUGUGAUACUAAAGAAGAAACUACAGUAUCUGAAGAUGUAACACUGAAUGAUAAAGAUGUGCAGCCUGUUGGUCAGGACUAUAUAGAAGAGAUAAAAAAUGAUGAAGGAAAAGUUAUCAGUUUUAACUGCAAGUUGUGUGAAUGCCGUUUUAAUGACCCAAACGCAAAAGAAAUGCAUAUGAAAGGUAGACGUCAUCGUCUUCAGUAUAAGAAGAAAGUAAACCCUGAACUAGUUGUGGAUGUAAAACCAUCCCUACGCCAGCGUAAAUUACAAGAAGAGAAACUGCGUCGUCAACAGUUGCGUGCUGAAUAUUGGCGAAGACGGGAUGAGGAAAGGAAUAUACCAUACAGGAUGAUGGAGGAAGAAGAACGUAUGUAUUGGGAGGAACGUCGCCGAUAUGAAGAGGAGGUGGAAUAUUUUGAAUGGUACAGGCGAUAUGGUCGUGAUCCUCGUGCUCUUCCUCCACCACCACGCCCAUUUGGACCUGGUGUACCACCACUAAUGUUUUUCCCUCAGCCACCAGUGCGGCGGCCAGACUCUAGUGACGAUCGCCAUGUGAUAGCUCGCCAUGCUGAAAUCUAUCCUAAAGAAGAUGAACUGCAAGCUGUCCAAAGGAUUGUGUCUCACACGGAAAAGGCUCUAAAAUUUGUAUCGGACCAACUUGCAGAUCAAGCUGUAGCUGCAGCUAAAGCGAAGAAUCCUGUUACAGCCCCAGGAACCACACCUGCAACAAAACAAACUGUUCAGGCGACUGCUACUGCCAAACCAGCAGCUUCACCUGCAUCUGUCCCUACUGGUACAAAGCCUACACCAAGUCAACCAUCCACACCAAUUCAGAUAAAGACGGAACCAAAUAUUAAAGAAGAUUCAAAGAAGGAAGAUGGUAGAGAUGGAAAUCUGUUCUCAUUUCACAGAGAUAAAGAUGACAGCCAAGUUCCAAGGGUUUUGAAAGGUGUUAUGAGAGUAGGUGUGCUUGCAAAAGGACUUUUGUUGCAUGGUGAUACAGCAGUAAAUCUAGUUGUCCUUUGUGGAGAAAAGCCAACACGCACUCUUCUAAACAAAGUUGCUGAGUGUCUCCCCAAGCAACUAAAGGUGGUGUCCCCAGAGGAUACUUAUAAGAUACAACGGAAAGUUGAAGAAGCUGCCAUAGUUGUGAUGGGUGUAACAGAACCACACAUCACUGUUACUAUCACGCUAACUUCUCCUGUUAUGCGUGAACAGUUACUGUGUCCUCCAGAAACGAGUGGUGACUCGGUGUCUGUGAGUCAGGCCCAGGUGAUGAAGGAUCCACCAGACGUGCUCGACAAGCAGAAAUGUUUGGAUGCCCUGGCAGCUUUGAGGCAUGCCAAGUGGUUCCAGGCUAGGGCAACUGGUUUACAAAGUUGUGUUAUGGUUAUUCGCAUUCUUCGUGAUCUGUGCCAAAGGGUCCCUACGUGGGCGCCCCUACAUAGCUGGGCAAUGGAAUUGUUAGUUGAAAAGGUGAUAAGUUCAGCAGGACAACCACUAAGUCCUGGAGAUGCACUACGCCGUAUUAUGGAGGCUUUGGCAUCAGGUAUUCUGCUUCCGGGUGGUCCUGGGCUGAUGGACCCUUGUGAGAAAGAUCCCUCUGAUGCAGCAGGAAAUAUGUUGCCACAGCAAAGAGAAGACAUCACAGCAUCUGCGCAGCACGCAUUGCGCUUGAUUGCUUUCCGGCAAAUCCACAAAGUUCUGGGAAUGGAUCCACUGCCUCCACCUAAAUUUACAAGAGGUAGAUUCAACCGCAAAAGAAGGCGUGAUGAUAGCAGUGGAGAAGGCAAUGGUUCUGAAGCCGGGGAUGGGAAGAAGGACAAGAAAGAAGAGGGUGCGGAAGGUGACAUGAAGAUGGAUGUCGUCGUAAAAACAGAGGUUCAGAAGUGAACCCAUCAAUUUUGUUCCAAUUUAUUUUGUUUUUGUACAGUUGUUAGCGAUGAUCACCAUCAUGUUUUGCAAUUCUCAGCACAGUAAAGAUGUUUUUUGUCUCCAGCAUGUGUACACUAAAAGUAUUUAAAAUGGCUGUAAGAAGAACCAUCAGCUGCAUUAUUGUAGAAGACAUGUCCAAAUUGUCAGCUUUUCACUACAAAAUAGACAUGAAAAGGGACAGAAAUUUUCUGUUUAUAUGUUUCUUGUGGAGUGUGUUCAUCAAUGUUAACACAGUGAACUGUCAUAGGUGAUCAGUUAUUGUUGAGUAUUAAAAUGUUAGAUUAAAUGUUUGCCAUUCCCUCUGAGUAGAAUAUUCUCUUACUCCACAAAGAGCAGUGAAAAAUUUUCCCUCGCAGUAUUUUUAUUUUCUUGAUGCUUGUGUCUCCCAGGGUUAACGUUGUAUUAUAACCUUGCAGAGAAGUGUGUGUGUUGGUGAUACUUGUACCAUAUGUUUCUUUGUGUCUUUAAGUGUGUGUUUAUUUUUGGAUGUUUCACAUUAGUGAAAUAAAGUAAUGAAACAGUAAAA